CCUCCACCUACCUGAGGCAAGGACUAACGACCUGACGCCCUCUUCUGCUCCCGCGCCAAGCACUCGCCGAUGAGCGGAAUGUUCAACGCUAAAGAUCUCUCCAACGUUAACGUCACGCCGGGCCCCCACGUCGUCCCGGCUCCUGCCGUCGCAGGCACGAUGCAGGGCAUCUUUCAGAGCCCCAACGGCAACAUGAACCUCAACAUCACCGGGACUUUCUACGUCACCGAGCCGCCCGAGGAGACAAAGCAGGACGGGCUGGCCGAGACGCCAAACAACAACAACCCCGCGCCGCCGCACGUGCCUGGACGCGAGAAUUUCGGCAAGGGCGGCGCGAAGCGCCACCGCAAGGUGCUGCGCGACAACAUCCAGGGCAUCACUAAGCCCGCCAUCCGCCGCCUCGCGCGCCGCGGCGGCGUCAAGCGCAUGUCCGGCCUCAUUUACGAGGAGACGCGCGGCGUCCUCAAGGUGUUCCUCGAGAACGUGAUCCGCGACGCGAUCACCUACACCGAGCACGCGCGCCGCAAGACGGUCACCGCGAUGGACGUCGUCUACGCGCUCAAGCGCCAGGGCCGCACCCUGUAUGGCUUUGGCACGUAAUCCUGCUUCGUUGCUCCUCACUGUCUCCGCCUCACAAGCGUGUUUUCGGGCGAGCUGUGUGUGAGCGGGCUCUGCGGGCUGGCGCCGCGGUGCCGCGGGGCGUGCCGGCAGGUGGAGGUGCAGCCCCCCGGGGGUGCGCCGCGCGCGCGGUGCCGGUGGCGGAGGAAAAAGGAUGUAUCGGAUAAACGCGGCGCGUGAGG